UGUUUUUAAAGCAUCAACACAUUGGGACUGUAACUCCGAGAAGACAAGAGCCAGAUUAAUCUGACGUCUGGGGCUGUCACUCUGAGAAAAGGUUGUGUCAGGGAGUUGCUUUAAAACGCCGCCACCUCCAGACUGCUCCACAAGGCCUGCCUACCAAAAGCUGAAAGAUAUAUACCAUUGGCUGCUUCAUUCAAGGAACGGGCAGAACUAAGCACCAUGCAACACCAAGAUUGGGAUUUUCCAAAUUAAGAGCGUGGGACACUUUUAUCAUGCGCACUGACUAAUCGAAGAAUCCAUGCAAGCACCUUGGAAGAAAGUUUUAACUGUGUGUGAAACAGCCUCAUUGCUUUGAUCUUUAAAAAAUAUAUACAUAUAUAAGACUAAAAAGGACAGUUGAAAGCGAAUAUUGCAUUAAUAAUACUGAAACAUUUGCUCAAAUUUGGUAUCUUCUGUUAUUCCAUGCGUUAUCUAAGUGUUUCCGCCAACAUGAUGGACGAAAGUUUGUCUCUAUCAGGAAGCUUAGUAAGAAGCCCCGGAAAUCCGUCUAGAAUCCACAGUAUAGAUGCAAUUUUGGGAUUUACAAAGGAGGACGCUAUCUUGCACUCAGCGUUUCCCUCAAAUGGAAAUUCGAGGCACGUCAAUGAUCCAGAACGGAGUAGCUCAAGAACCUGCUGCAGCAAGAUGUCACCUGUGAAGAAAGAAGAUCAUGAUUCUCAAAGUUUUGAUAACGCAUAUUGCACAAGCAGUUCGGGGUCUUCGAUAAGUCCAGAUUUACCAGAAGGAAGAGAAACUGAAAACAAAAUUGUAGAUGAAGAUCAUCCUAAAAAGAAACACAGACGCAACCGAACAACGUUCACGACUUUCCAGCUCCACGAGUUGGAAAGAGCCUUUGAAAAAUCUCAUUACCCUGAUGUUUACAGCAGAGAAGAACUGGCGAUGAAAGUAAACCUGCCAGAAGUUAGAGUGCAGGUAUGGUUUCAAAACAGACGAGCCAAAUGGAGGCGACAAGAAAAACUGGAAGUGAGCUCAAUGAAGCUUCAAGAUUCCUCUAUGCUGACUUUUAACAGAUCUCCCCAGCAAUCAGCGAUGGGUAACAUCAGCAGCAAUUUGCCGCUGGAGCACUGGCUUACGCCACCGAUGUCUACAGCCACCACACUGCAGAGCCUACCGGGAUUCUUGCCCACUCCACAGGGCAUGCCAAGCAGCUACACGUCACCAUCGUUUCUAAACUCGUCAUCCAUGGGGCACAGCCUUCCGCAUAUGGGUGCAAUGGGCCCACCCCCGCCAUACCAAUGUGGUGGAUCCACCUUCCUUGAUAAGUUUCCUUUGGAAGAAGCUGACCCAAGAAACUCUAGCAUUGCAUCGCUGAGGAUGAAAGCAAAGGAGCACAUUCAGUCCUUUGGGAAAAUCUGGUAGAGCUCUGACGGGUUGUGUAUUAUUUCGUGAACUUCUUUUACAGACCUCUUGAUUAUCAGCAACCAGAUAUCAUUUGACGGUUAAUAGUUUAGUCAGCAGUAUACUUCACAGUUCAAUGUGAAGAACUUGAUGUUGAGACCAUGCCCUUUUAAGGUGAAAAAAUUAUUUGUUUAAAUUUUAUACUUUCGUUUUAUUAUGGCUAUCACUGAUAAAAAAAAAAAAAAAAAUGAAACUUGAAACACUUAUAAAUUAAAUUGUAUCUCGCCAAGUCCCAUAUUGUAUGUUUCGUUCAUUGUAUAUAUUUUCUUUUAUACAUUUUUUCCCCCGUGUAAUGUUGGUGUCACUUUUGAUUGCUACAUGUUUAUUAAACACGUUCUUCGAGAAUGUUUCCAGAUUCGACUGUACUUUCUUUCUUUUUGUUAAUGGCUCGCGGUUUUAAAUUAGUUUUAAAUGGUCGGUUUGCGGAGUCAAUAAAAAGUUGUACUGUUUAGAAAAACCUC